CCUGCUAGCUAGAGGAAGCAUAGCACACUACCACCAUGGAAGCAAGUAUCCAGCCUCUGCUACCUCCCCACAAAGCCUCUCACCGCAAAGCUCUCUGUCUACUUCUCUCCUUAGCAGCUGUCUUCUUAUGCUCAGCUACAAUAGUUACCUUCAAUUUUAACAAAUUUGGCCUCUUCAAUCCUCCACUUCAAAACAUAUGUGUCCAUGCCCAUGACGAGCCAUCAUGCCUAGCGAUCGUCUCAGAAAUAGCCUCAAGCACCACCGCGAAACUGAACCAUGUCCAUGUACUCCAACACUUGCUAAAGAAAUCCACAUCUCACAUUCAAAAUAUCAUCCAAGAGGCGAACCGUUUUAGCCACCGGAACAAUGAUCCUGUAAAUCAAGCGGCUCUAGUUGAUUGUGUGAAGGUGAUGGAGCUAUCUAUAGAUAGAAUUGAAGACUCUAUAGUGGCUCUUGAAAAUGUUACCCCCAUUUCCCAUGCAAAUGCUCAUACAUGGCUCAGUAGUGUGCUCUCUAACCAUGUUACGUGUAUGGAUGGGCUAAACCAGGGUCCAGCCAGGUUAGCAAUGGAGCCAGGGCUCAAGGACUUGACAGCAGGAGCAAGAGCCUCUCUAGCCAUCCUGGUCGAAAUUUCACCGGCGAAAGAUGGUCUACUUUGGCCAUUGAACGGAGAGUUUCCGUCAUGGGUAACGAUUAGGGAUCGAAAACUCUUGCAAGCUUCGCCUGGGGAAAUCCAUGCCAAUGUUAUAGUAGCCAAAGAUGGGAGUGGUAACUACAAGACUGUCAAAGAAGCUGUGGCUUCUGCCCCAGAUAAUGGAAAGAGCAGAUAUGUUAUUUAUGUGAAGAAGGGGAAAUACAAAGAGAAUGUUGAAAUAGGAAAGACUAAGAAGAAUGUGAUGCUUGUUGGUGAUGGCAUGGAUUCAACCAUCAUAACGGGUAGCUUGAAUGUUGUUGAUGGAUCAACAACUUUCAAAUCUGCAACCGUAGCUGCUGAUGGUGAUGGAUUCAUAGCCCAAGAUAUCCGGUUCGUAAACACCGCGGGGCCGCAGAAGCAUCAAGCGGUGGCACUCCGAGUCAACGCUGAUCAGUCAGUCAUAAAUCGCUGUCGUAUUGAUGCUUACCAAGACACUCUUUAUACCCACAGCAACCGUCAAUUCUACAGAGAUUGCUUCAUCUCAGGCACAGUGGACUUCAUAUUCGGGAACGCAGGUGUUGUGUUCCAAAAAUGCAAAAUAGUUGCCCGAAAGCCCAUGAGUGGACAAAAAAACAUGGUAACAGCCCAAGGCCGAACUGAUCCAAACCAAAACACAGGCACUUCAAUCCAAAAAUGUAACAUAAAAGCAAGCUCCGAUCUUGAGCCCGUUAAGGACACCGUCCAAUCAUAUUUGGGUCGUCCAUGGAAGAAGUAUUCGAGGACCGUAGUGAUGCAGUCCAAAAUCGGUGACCAUAUUGAUCCUUCAGGGUGGUCACCUUGGGAUGGAGAUUUUGCACUGAAGACAUUGUAUUAUGGCGAAUAUAUGAACAAGGGACCAGGUGCUGGUACUAGUGAGAGAGUAAAAUGGCCAGGUUACCAUGUCAUUACUAGUGCUACUGAGGCCAAGAAAUUCACAGUUGCAGAGCUGAUUCAAGGAGGGAAAUGGUUGAAAUCUACUGGAGUUGAUUAUAUAGAAGGGCUGUGAAAAAUGGACUAGGCUCUUGUGUUGUUUUUCUGCUUUUUGUUUGAAUAAAAGAGUUGUGGUUUGGUUUCACUGUUUACUUUUAAAAUAACUAGUUAAAAACUACUUUCAAGCAAUGUGCUGCUACUCAGAUUGUUCUGUGUACUGGGUGGGCAAUACUCUCUUCAGCAAAAUGAAAUUAAGUAUUUGGGUAUAUUAUAUCUGAUUGUAGACACCUUUAUUAUAAGGGUUUGAUUCAACUUUCAUUUGGAUUUUAGAUUUGGCGAUAAAUUAAUAUAUCAGUUCAUUCUUUGGGUGAUUUUA